AUGAGCAACACGAUGAAAGCCGUCGAGGUCAAAGGCGGAAAGGGACCCGCUACCUCACUCUUCAUAAACCCUCAAACCCCCAAGCCUGAGCCCAAGGAGGGCGAUGCUCUGGUGCGUGUCAAAGCCUUCGGGCUAAACCGUAUGGAUCUUAUCCAGCGCGAGGGACGGUAUCCGCUCCCGCCACAAGCACCGUCCACUCUCGGUGUCGAAUUUAGCGGCACGAUCGAGUCGUUCGGGCCCGGUUCGCACGGCGAUUUUAAGGUCGGCGACGCCGUCUUCGGCCUAGCAUACGGUGGCGCGUACGCCGAGUACAUCGCCGUAAGCUCUAAGAUGUUGCUGCACAAGCCGGAUAGCUUCUCCUGGGAGACAGCAGCAGCUAUUCCCGAAACGUGGAUUACGGCCACACAGGCACUGCAUCUAGUAGGCGAAUUUACAGCGGGCAAGACUGUUUUGUGGCACGCAGGCGCCAGCGGCGUUAGCAUCGCCGGGAUCCAGCUCAGCCUUGAUAGCGGCGCGAGUGCGGUCUACGCAACAGCUGGCACAGAUGAGAAAUGCCGGUUCAUCGAGCGUGAGCUCGGUGCUACUAAGGCAUUUAACUAUAAGACACAGGACUGGGUCGAAGAGAUUCUAGAGGCGACUGAUGACAAGGGUGUUGAUCUUAUCAUAGACUUCAUCGGGGGUAGCUACUUCCAGCAGAACCUUAUGGUUGCAGCGAUAGAUGCCCACUGGGUUGCGCUCGGCCUGAUGGGUGGGGCUAAUCUUGACAGAGUAGACUAUAGUAUGCUACUUUACAAGCGAAUCCGACUUGAGGGCAGUACGUUACGGAGUCGAGAUAUCGACUACCAAGGUCGGUUGAGGGACAAGCUGGCCGAAUAUAUCCCUCACUUUGAGAGCGGUAAACUGAAGGUCCUGAUCGAUACAGUCCUACCUAUGGACGAGAUCAUUAAAGCGCACCAGCUGCUGGAGGAAAAUAAGACAACGGGAAAGAUUAUCUGUACAGUUCCAUAG